CUCCCACAGCCGAAAUGUGCGCCAGCUGCCCGCUCACCUGUGUCACGCCGCCGCGCACGCACCUUGCUAUGUGCUCGCGCGAGCUCCCGCCCGAGCCUCCAGCUCGGCGUCCCACUGCUGCGGAGCCGAUCGCUUUUCCUCGGCGCUCGCGUCGAGCCGAGCUCUCGGCACUCUACGGCGGGCGUCGCUGUGCGGGGCGCCCGUUUCCUGCUGGCCCGAGCGGAAAGCUCCACGUGCCCGCGCGAGCUCCGGGCCGAGCCUCCAGCUCGGCGUCCCACUGCUGAGGAGCCGAUCGUCGUCCGUCGGUGCUCUCGAGGAGCCGAGCUCCUUGGCCUGCGGCCGGCGACGCUGCAGGACGGUCGUCCUCCGAGAUAUCGGUGCCGGACCGGCGGGGCGGGGGCGGGGUGGCGUCGGAGCAAGUGUCUCGGCCUUCGGUCGACGGAGCGGCGACCCGCGAGUACGCUUCGUGGGCGCCCGACGAGGGUGGUGCUGCUGUCGCUCUGCCGCGUGCGCAGGCGUGCGCAGGCGUGCCGAGGUCUCGCGACGGCACUCAGCCCUUCGCUGGGCGUGUGGGACGCCGGGUACGACGAGCACGGCUUCUGGUCCGUCGAGGCUGCCCGCGCGGCGCGCGACGCGGCGGCGGCGCUUGCGCUGGACGCCGCCGACGGCGGCGCGGGGGCGGCGCGGGGGCGGCAGGCGCGGGGGCGGCAGCCGGCCCAGCGGGUCGCGGCCCUCCGCCCCCGCGGCGUCGUUGGAGGGCGAGCACCUCGAGUACCUACGGCGGCGGGGUGCGCCGUUGGCCGGGGGGCGCUCUCGACACUUACCGGCUGAGGUCACGUCGUCGGGCGCGUCGACGGGCUGGUUGGCCAUGGUCCGCACGGCGGGGCGGCUGCGCCGCCAGGACUCGCGCGUCGCUGCACGCGGCCUGCAGAAGGAACGACAGCUCGGCGGCAAGGCUUUUCUUGCGCCGGGACGGCUAGGCUUUUUGUGAGACGCCGCUCGCGGAAAUCGAGGAAGGCUUGGACUUUUCUUUUCUUGGGAAACGGGAGUGUUGGUUUAGAAGAGGCUGGCCAGCG